AUGGCCGGCAGCGGGGAGGAGGCGGCGGCGGCGGCGGUGGUGCAGAACAAGAAGGUGGUGCUGAGGAGGCACGUCACCGGGUUCCCCACCGAAGACGACAUGGAGAUCACGGUGGGCACUACCGAGCAGCGUGUGCCGGCGGGCCUGACCGCUGUGCUGAUCAAGAACCUCUACCUGUCCUGCGACCCCUGGAUGCGUGGCCGCAUGAGCAAGCACGACGACGGCGCCAACGUGCCGGCCUCGGACUUUGUGAUCGGAGAGGCCAUGGUCAAUUACGGUGUGGGCAAGGUGAUCGACUCGACGCACCCAGAGUUCAUCGCCGGCGACCUCGUAUGGGGGAUGAGUGGAUGGGAAGAGUACACCCUCGUCACCCAGCCGGAGUCCCUUCACAAGAUCAACCACGCCGACCUGCCGCUCUCCUACUACACGGGCGUUCUUGGCAUGCCGGGGCUGACUGCGUACGCUGGGUUUACCCAGGUCGCCAGGCCAAACAAAGGCGACUUCGUGUUCGUCUCAGCAGCGUCGGGCGCCGUCGGGCAGGUCGUCGGGCAGCUUGCCAAGAUCGCCGGCUGCUACGUGGUCGGCAGCGCCGGCUCCGACGAGAAGGUGAGCCUCCUCAAGACCAAGUUCGGCUACGACGACGCCUUCAACUACAAGUCCGAGACCGACCUCAGCGCCGCGCUCAAGCGCUGCCUCCCCAACGGCAUCGACAUCUACUUCGACAACGUGGGCGGCACGACACUCGACGCCGCGCUGCUGCACAUGCGCCACGGCGGCAGGGUCGCCGUCUGCGGGAUGAUCUCGCAGUACAACCUGGAGGAGCGGGACGGCCUGCGCAACCUGUUCUGCAUCAUCCCGAAGUCCAUCCGGGUGGAGGGGUUCAACGUCAGUCGCUUCUUCCAUCUGUACGCGAGGUUCGAGGAGGAGAUGGCUGGGUACAUCAAGGACGGGAAGGUGGCCGUCGUGGAGGACGUCGUCGAGGGCAUUGAAAGCGCACCGGCAGCUCUGAUCGGGUUGUUCUCUGGCAAAAAUAUUGGAAGAGUUCCACUAGGACAGCAAAUCAGCUACUUCGAAAAGACCAGAGCUCAGAUACUGGAGAACAUGGAGGAGGAAGCAGCAAGUGAUUUCUUCAAGACGGCGCUCUUCAUUGUAGCUGCAGGAUCCAAUGACAUUUUGGAUUAUCUUUCACCUUCAAGGCUAAAUGAAUUGGGUGCUCGAAAGUUUGUUGUGUCCGACAUCGGGCCACUCGGUUGUAUACCGUACGUCCGUGCUCUGGAGUUCAUGCCAACAGGGGAGUGUUCAGCAUCCGCGAAUCGAGUCACUGAAGGUUACAACAAGAAAUUGAAGAGGAUGGUCGAAAAGAUGAACCAGGAGAUGGGUCCAGAGAGCAAAUUUGUGUACGUAAAUACGAAGGAGUUUGGCAGCGCCGAAGCAGAGGAAGGAACCCGAAGCAAUGGAAAGAACGACGACCUAGGAGGUAGUAGUAGUACGAAGCCGGAAGGUGGUUUGAUUCAGAAGUUGAGUGAGGAGGCUUCGACCAUCGCCACAAAGAUUCUUAUGAGGCAUGCUUCUGAUGGGCUGCCACGCGGGAGGUACCGGAAGACUUUUCAAAGGGCUAAGUAUAGGCACCGGGAAAGAGUGGGGGUUGAAGUGGAGUUGCCACGACGAUUUCUGGUAAGUCGAUUUCGGAGGAACUGA